GUGCUCUGGGUGGACUGAUCGACACCUCUGCACCUCUGGCUCUGGAGCCCAGUGAGGAGAUCCCACUGAGCUGUCCACAUGAGGGCGUCUUUGGGUAUCCCCACCCGAAGGCCUGUGAUGAGUACUUCCAGUGUACGAACGGCACUCUGACGCACGAGUACUGCCCAAAUGGGCUGCUCUUCACCGCCGAGACUGGUCAUGUAGUCGGUUUCUGCGCCUACUACUGGAAUGUUGCCUGCCCCAAGGAUAAGAUUGCUCCCAAGCCCAUCAGCUCUCCCGGUUGCCCCUAUCAGUUCGGUUUUUUUGCUGAAGAGCACGGCGAACCGUGCAACGUUUUCUACAGCGAGUGCUCCUGGGGUGUGCCCAGCCGACGACAGUGCGAGCCGGCUGGUCUCUUCUACGAUGAACGCAUCAAGGGCUGCAAUUGGCCUGAUCAACUGGGCUGCAGCUCGGAGAACCUGCUCAACUUCAAGUGUCCCGAGGAGGACAAGGGUUCAGUGGACGGUGUUCAGUGCAUCGACAAUGGCAAGUUCUACCGAAACCCUGACGCCGUGGGCGUUCGCGACUGCGCCCGCUACUACUGGUGCCCGCGGGGAAAGGUGCUCCAGUUCCGAUGCAGUGCCGGCCUCUGGUUCGACAUUGACCGGCAGAUCUGCGACUUCAAGUUCAAGAUUGACAACUGCGACAAGUCGCAUGAUGUGAGCACCCCAAAGCCGCUGCUCUCCACUGAGGAGCCAAUCUGCCCCACCGGACAGCUUGCCUGUGCCAAUCGAAAGUGCAUCAACCGAGACCUCUUCUGUGAUGGCCAAAAAGAUUGCGAUGAUUAUUCCGAUGAAUCAUACUGCGACCCGGAAAACGAUCCCAAUUCUCCGCCUCGCUGCGACGCCAACAACUGCACUCUGCCUGACUGCUUCUGCUCCGUCGACGGCAGUCUCAUUCCGGGCAACCUCAAACCCGAGGAGACGCCGCAAAUGAUCAUUCUCACCUUCGACGAUGCCGUCAAUAACGAGAACUGGGAAAUCUACGAGCGCAUCUUUACCUCCAACCGAACCAACCCCAAUGGUUGUCCCAUGUCGACUACCUUUUUCCUCAGCCACGAGUACACCAACUACCGCCACGUGCAGAAGCUCUGGAAUGAUGGUCACGAGAUUGCCAUUCACUCCAUUACUCAUCGAAGCCCCGAGUUGUGGUGGACCUUCAACGCUACCAUGGAGGACUGGUUCGACGAGUUUGCCGGCAUGGCCAACAUUAUUAACCGUUUUGCGGGCAUCCCUCUGGAUGAGCUACGCGGCACUCGAGUGCCCUUCCUUCGGGUCGGCUGGAACACGCAGUUUAUCAUGAUGAAGGAGUUUGGCUUCCUCUACGACUCCUCAAUGGUCGCCCCUCGUUCUGACCCGCCACUGUGGCCCUUCACUCUGGACUACCGAAUUCCCCACAAGUGCCAUGGCUCUCGCCAGCGAUGUCCUUCGCGAUCUUUCAACGGAAUGUGGGAGAUGAUCAUGAAUCCAUUCGAUAUUGAGGGCCACAUCUGCGCCAUGGUCGACUCCUGUCCGACGCAUCUGUCAGAUGAGGAGGUGUACGCCAUGUUGAAGGACAACUUCAACCGCCACUACAAAACCAAUCGAGCCCCCUUCGGUCUCUACUUUCACACCAUCUGGUUCAAGGAUAGGCGCAACUUUAACAUUCUCACGCGAUUCCUCGAUGAGCUUCUGCAGAAUAAGGACAUCUUCUUGGUCAGCAACUACCAGGCAAUUGAGUGGAUGCGCACACCGACGCCUUUGUCGCAAAUUGCCAACUUUGAGCCGUGGAAGUGCAAGAAGGACAUCGACCCUAAUCUGAUUGCCUGCAACCACCCGAAGAGCUGUAAGCUCAACUCUCGCCAGGUCAAGGGUGAACGGUACCUGCACACCUGCUUUGAGUGCCCAGACGUUUACCCGUGGGUGAAGAACGAGUUUGGCCUCGAGUACUAG